AUGACAAUAUCGGAUCCACUCCCCGCCACUGGCUUCAAGCUGCUCGGUAUGGCAUGGCGGCCCGAAGUCACCCCAGACGACCAGGCUUUUACCGCCAUGAAGGCCGCAAUUACCAAACCCGCUGCCAUCUGGUCCUCCACCUCGGUCUACGGCAUGGUCCUAGAGUCACCAAUGGCGGGACUCUGGCUCCCCGUCACUAUUUCGAGAAAGACCCCGAGGACGCACCCAAGGCCAGAAGGUUUGUCCGAGGUAGGCGCUUCUACUAUGCGUCGUGCGCACGCCGUAUGCCCUUCUAGUGUUGUUGCGGACGAGUACUCCCUGUGGAACACCGUUAUUCUUACUAAUGGGGCGGUGGAGGCUUCGAAAGAGUUGGGUAUUCCGAUUCUCGAAUAUAUUCCGUUGAGGUGUGGUUUCUUGACUGGUCAGGUUACCAAGCGGGAGGAUAUCGCGAAGAGUGAUAUUCGUCAUAUGUUCGGUCAGUUUGAGCCAGCGGUUUUUCCCCAAUGA